AUGAGCAUCAACAAAGACCUGGGUCUCGACAGCCAGGACACGCUGCCUGUGGUCUCCAUAUCGGCCUCGCAGUCUCUCAACGCCUCGGCAUCUGCCAAACUCCCGAUAAGCACGGGAUUGGCGCGUCUGGAUGAGGCCCUUGAUGAUCUGGACCAGGGGCGCGCGGGCAUCCUGCGCGGACAGGUGGCCGAGGUAUUUGGGCCACCAGGCGCGGGCAAGACCUCAUUCGCUCUCAAUAUUGCCGCGCAAGCAAUUCGCGAUGGCGGAAAAGUCGUCUGGAUCGACACGGGCUCGCCCUUACCCGCCCACAGACUUCAGGCAAUGACAUCCAACCUGGACGGCGUGAUUCAUUUCCGGGCACAUACGCUCCCACACCUCUUAGCACUCCUGAUGCGGCCACCAAAGGGGUUCCCGCCUGAAGAAACCUCCCUCAUCGUGAUCGACUCAGUCUCGUGUCUCUUUCCGUCUUACUUCCCCAAUGCUGUAGAGCUCAAAGAACGUCUAACUCAAGGCAAAAUCACCGACAAAGCUCAGUUGCAAUGGCUUCUGAAUCGGAAGUGGAAUGUCGCUAGCGAGUUGGCUACACAUCUCGCACGUCUCGCGGCUCGCAAUAUUGCGGUGCUGGCUGUUAAUCAGACCCAUACUAAGAUCAAAGGCCAGCCGCGCGCGACACUGCAUCCUGUUAUAGCUGGCGGGGCUUGGGAGACUAAUAUGCAGACGCGCAUUGUUUUGUAUCGUGAUCUUCCGGAUGCGAGGUUUGCAGAGGUUACCAAGCGGGGUGGGAAGACGAUACCUAUUCGAACGCCGGAGUUGAUUGUGCAGUUUCGGAUCGAGUCGGACGGUCUCCACGAGGUGGAAGGAAAAGACGAGAUCAAAUCUCCCGACCCUACACCCAGCCGCAAGCGCAAAGCCGAGAAUGAAAUCGCCGACAGCCAAGAUGAAGACUCAGAAGGCGAAUACGAAUGGUUGGAAGAAGCCUCGCUCGACAAUAAUUAA